UAUAAUAAGUCGGCAUCUAGCCUUUAAUGUGAUACCGCCGCUGGCCUGGCUGUCUCUAUUAAUGAGUAGUCUGGUCACCCCACAUAGUACAUACAUGCAAUUUAUAAUAAAAACUAAAAUUUUUUGUUUCUAUUUUCCAGGUACUGACGAGCAACCAACUUGAUGAUACUUCGCUUGAUAUGGGGAUUCAGAUAUUGAAAUUGGCAGAUUUCUAUGAUGUUUUACCAUUGGUUAAAAUUGCUGAAAGUUUUAUCCUCUCAAAUUUAUGGUACUCAAAUUGCGUCCAACUCUCGCUGACUACAAAAUUGAUCUUAAGAUCCAAUAUCUCAAAAUUGGCGUUUCAGUUCUUUAAAAAGAACUUCCAAUCAGUGAUAAAAGUGAAUGGUCAUCAACAGAUGAGUGAAGAAAUGUGGUCUGAUUUACUCAAUUGUGACAUUUUAAGUAAAGAAAUCAGAGAAUUGGACCUUUUCCUUGCGUUGUUUGAAUGGAAACAAUUUUCUCCAGAAAGUCGACAAGCUCCAUUUGAAAGUCUAGUACAAUUUAUAAGAUUCCCUGUAAUGAAACCAAGUGAAUUUACAAAAUAUGUCAUCCCAACCAAAGUCUUACAAUCUCAAGAUGUCAUCGAUAUUUUAUCGUAUUUCUCAGACAAUGGAUCUCCACUCCACCCGCUGCCCUAUUUGAACCCGUCACCCCGAUCUCCUCAAACGAUUCGAAUAAUAAAAUCGGGCAGUGAGCUGCGUUCUCUGUUAAAGAACUCCUCACCCGCAGACAAUUUCCGUAUAAUUCAACUACUACCAGGUGAAUACAAAAUCUGGAAAAGUUUCCGUCUUUCUCCUGGCUUAACAUUACGUGGAAGUGGAGUCGACUCCACAAUAAUCAAAUCCGUCCAUAAAACAAAGUACAAUUCCCCCACCGCUCGCAUCAUCCUAGCUGAAAGUACCACAGUAUCAAACUUGACCUUAAAAUCAUCAUCGUCAAAAAAACUCCAAAUCCAUGUGACGAGUAGCCAUGCUCAAUUACACAACCUGUAUUUCGAAGGGUCUACAUUAUCAAUCUCAGGACGAAAAAAUCAUUUCACAGGCAUAAUAUUCAACAACAACCGCAACCCAUCCUGCCCUUGUGUCCAUUUAAUGGUCACUUCACGAAAUAACGAACUACAUCGCAUUAACAUAACGGAUUCGGCAACUGGAAUCAAAUUCGAAGGGGAGGAAAACACAAUAAACACUUUAUUUUGCACAAACGUGUCAACUGGAAUCGAACUUCAUGGACAGAAUCAAAUCCUCAAAAACAUUAGGUUUAGAAAAAUACCAGAAAUUGGAGAUCUGAAUGCAUUUUUUGCUAUAAAAAUUUACAGUAGUUCAAACAAUUACAUCGCAAAUGUUGAAUGCGAAGGAUUAGUUGGUUAUCCACGCACUUACGCAGUGGUGAUGAGGUCGGAUGAUCAAAAUUCUAUGAAAAAUCAUUUCAUAAAGAAUUGUUCAGCCGGAAGAGUUGUUAUUAUUGGUAAUGAACAUACUUUAACUAAUGUGAAUGCUGCGGAAGGAUUCAGUAUUCGGGGAAUUUGCCAUAAAUUAUUAGAUUGUAAAGGGGACAAGGCUGAGUACAGCUUGGGCGUGGACUAUGAUGAGGUUAGCAGUUCUGGAAGGGGAGAUGAAGGGGGAAAAGGUUGGUUCCAAUCCAUCGUCGUUGAAGAUUGCAAUUUUACCUUAAAGGAAUGUUAAUUCGCUUAAAAUUACGUUAAUAUACAUUUGUUAAGUGAUAUAUUUUUUGUAUGACGGUGCUAUUGACUGGUCUCAAAUUAUUUAUGCAUUUUAUUAAUAAAAGAGCGUAUAUUAAGAAAAUAAU